AUGCGCAGCUACGCGCGACUACCACACCACAUUCCCCCGCUUCUCCUCCUCGCUCGCAGCCUCCUCCUCGGCCGUCAGACAUCCAGCGGCGAGCGCACGGAUUGUUAUUCCCUCCACACACACUCACGCACGCUCGUCCGAAUAAAUGUGCGCGCCCGAUUUCUUCUGACUUUACGCGGAGCGACACUUGUGACCGUGGAGCCGCAUUGAAAACACCCGAUCGCGAAACAAUAGAUGCUAGUGUCCUCGUCAUGGCAACAGAAGACAAGAAACCAGAGACCGAUACGAAACCUCCAGUCGUCCCGUCGUCGUCUUCCAGUCAAAGCAAGUCCGCACCUGCCAAGCCUAACUACAGCCUGAAGUUCACACUAGCGGGCCACACUAAAGCCGUGUCCUCGGUCAAGUUCAGCCCCAGUGGAGAGUGGCUCGCCAGCUCCUCUGCUGAUAAACUCAUCAAAAUUUGGGGAGCAUAUGACGGCAAGUUUGAGAAAACCAUAUCUGGACAUAAACUGGGCAUAUCCGACGUGGCCUGGUCCUCUGACUCCAACCUCCUGGUGUCUGCGUCAGACGACAAAACCCUGAAGAUCUGGGACGUCAGCUCGGGAAAAUGCCUAAAAACUCUAAAAGGUCACAGCAACUAUGUCUUCUGCUGCAACUUCAACCCCCAGUCCAACCUCAUCGUGUCAGGAUCGUUCGACGAGAGUGUCAGGAUAUGGGAUGUGAAGACUGGGAAAUGUUUGAAAACAUUGCCGGCUCAUUCUGAUCCCGUCUCUGCUGUCCACUUCAACAGAGAUGGCUCGCUGAUCGUGUCCAGUAGCUACGACGGCCUUUGCCGAAUCUGGGACACGGCGUCGGGGCAGUGUUUGAAGACGCUCAUCGAUGAUGACAACCCUCCCGUGUCAUUUGUGAAGUUUUCCCCCAACGGGAAAUACAUCCUGGCUGCGACACUGGACAACACGCUGAAGCUGUGGGACUACAGCAAAGGAAAGUGCUUGAAAACGUACACGGGCCAUAAAAACGAGAAGUACUGCAUAUUCGCUAAUUUCUCCGUCACCGGCGGAAAGUGGAUCGUGUCGGGCUCGGAGGACAACAUGGUUUACAUCUGGAACCUGCAGACGAAGGAGAUCGUGCAGAAGCUCCAGGGCCACACAGACGUCGUCAUCUCCACCGCCUGCCACCCGACAGAGAACAUCAUCGCGUCUGCCGCUUUAGAAAACGACAAAACCAUCAAGCUAUGGAAAAGCGACUGCUAAGCCCCUCUCAGAUCUUUUCCGGGGCCAUUCAUAUUUCUUUCCUGUGCCCACUCCCCCCUCCUCCCCACUCCGCCUACAUUUUGUCGUAAGAGGAACUUUUUAUCCGAGACAGAGAGCUCCCCGCUGGAUGCAGACGCCUCUCGGGUAAUGAAAUUCUGCAAAAACGGUGCAACGCAUCAGCCUCGUCACCUCCGACACGUUUCACACGUGCCAGGUUUUGUCGUCUCAGAAGGGAAAUGGGUGACUUGUGUUUUACUCUUACGUCGACGCUCUGGCGCGUCAGUAUUUUUUUUUUUUAAACACUGCAUCAUGUCCCCGCUUCACACCGGCUCCCACACUCACUCUUCUGGUGUUGUACAAUAAAUGUUCUGGUCAUUUCGACUUUUUAGUUUCACUUAUUUUGCCUUUUUUGAAUCGUCUCUCUAACUUUAUAGCAUUAUCAGAAGUUACGACGUGGCUUUGACAUCAAGCUUUUAGGUAAAAAAGAAAAGAAAAAACUGACAUCUAAAGGCCCCUUUUGUCUUAUUUAUUCAAAUAUUGCUAUUUAAAUUUUAUUUUCCCCUCUAUGUCAAAUGUCAGAUCUCAAAUUAACGCUAUGACACAUUAGGCCUUUAGUUUGAAAUUUGAGAAGAAUAAAUCCAAAAAUCUGACAUUUACAAAAGAAAAUCUAUACGAUCCUCCCCCCCUCCUCCAAAAAAAAAAGGAAUUUAAUAUUUUGACGUCUACCCCAGUGACCAAAUGCUUUUUUUUUUUUUGCUGUAGGAUUUGUACAUAUUACACUUAUCAUGCAUUGUGAUUUGAUUAUUUAGCUGUCUUUGAUUUGUUUUUCUUUCUGCCUGACGAUUAGCUCGUAGUUCUGCAGUCAGCCAGCAGCCUCUGCUCUCGACAGUCGACCAGGACGUUUUGUGGAAUGCGUUUUUCAUUCGACGUCUCCGACCUGCGACUCAAUAAAACCAGUUUUUGUAUGUUUCA